UCAAAUUUAAACGAAGUUUCACGAUAUCGUCUGCAAAAGCAGAUGAUUUUCGUGUCCGCCAAAAAACCGCAUGGAAUCAGCAAUUGACCUUGAACUUAUCUCAUCAAAGAUAUCCAUUUAAAUUGAGCGUUACGUCAACAUAAUUCGGAUUGUAUCGUAAUCUGUAGCAUUUUUGCGAAGAAUAUUGCAGAUUCAACAAGUUCAGAUUUGUUCGGGCAGAACGACACCAUCAUACAUCAUUUGAAGGAUUAUUGUGCGAUGUGGAUAUCAAAAACAGGAGCCUGAACUGUGUACAGUUGAGUUGUACGCACAGAGGAUCAUUCUAAUUGCUGUUAAUUAGUGUGGGAUUUACUUUUCAUCGCUUUUAUGACCACAAAUGAACCCUUGAUGUUUGAGUUUCGAAACUUUGCACGUCUGUGUGCCAAUUUAUUGUGAUCAAUUACAAAGGUGCUCAAUUCAUCGAUGAACGUCCAGUUCUAAUAUGACAGAUUACGCAUCCCCUUGCAUCGUGGUUCGGCGAAUGGCUAAUCGUAAACGGUUUUUGUCUUAGUAACAUCGUGAAAUAUUUCCUUUUGGAAAAUGCCACAGUUUUGUCAUCCAUACCCAUCUUCUUUCCUUAUGGGAAGCCUUUACAACGUUCAAAGUCUUUGGCUGAUGGCAAAAAGGAAUAAACAUAUUCUUAAAAAUCAAAAUAUGGCUUACUUUACGAUUUCUUCUGAUUCAAAGCAAACUCGAGAAGUCAAAUUGAACUAGUUAAGUUCGAUAAGUAAUGUUGUUAAGGAGUGAGUGGUAUGUUUUCAUCUAUAAUUGGAAUUUUAAAAAUCGAUAGAUAGACAGACAAAAUUAAGAUGCCACCCGAAAAGGAAAUGGUUAACAGCGAUGGAUACGACGAAGAAAUUCAUAGGAAGUUGGAAGUAAAGCGAAAUGCCUUGGCUGCCCUUUUCGGCAGCUCAAGCAUACCGACUUUGCCGAAGCUUGCAGAAGACUCAUUAUCAACUUUAACGCCUGGGGUGAAAGAUGGAGUUGUCGGACGAACUACGACCGGACGUGGCCCGGUACAAAGGCGAGGAAGCACGACGAAGCUCCUGUCGAACUUCAUGCCAGAUAUCAACGAGAUUAAUUCCGUCGCGAAAAGUAAAAAUUUCUCGUUGCAUCGACAAACUUCCCAGGAACGGAUUUCGAGAACCAGAUCGAACUCGGAGACGAUGACAAUCAGCGAGGAGGAAGAAACUCUUCGGGCGUUCACGAAGUCGCGACGUAUGACACGACGAAGGACGAGUGCGAGUCGUGGUUCCCGGGGCGGAGAGGGGCAGAGAGAAGACGAGGCUCCGCAUAUACGAGCUUUGCUGAGGAGACGGAGUACGAGGUUCAGCUUGACCGAGCAGGACGGCGGCGACGUCGGAGGGUCAUCGAGCUCGAUGUUCGGUCGAAGGGGGUCCAUGAAUCCAAGAAUGUCGGAUUGGAGGAGGAUUAGUCUACUGGUCAAACAACAGGAAGAGUUAAAAGAAAUGCAAAGGAAAGAAGAGGCGAGGAAGAAGUUCAUCCAUGCUGCCAAGCUCGUCAUCGUUCUCUAUCGGGUUUACAAAGUAAUUUUCAAAACCAAAAAGGAGAGUGAACGUAUUGAGCCACACACAUUCACCAGCCUCGCGGAGGAAUACCAAUCUGAUAACAUGAAGAUGUCUGGCCUCUCUUUUGACCGGAACUACUUCAAGGUCAAGAAAGAGGUUGGAAUCACACAAGAAGUGAAGAACGUGUUGAGCUCUCCAAGCUAUGUGAGAACAAAGGAACAAUUAGGAGUGGCUCUAAUUGGAUUGCAGACGAUGAAAUCAUUCGCCGAGUACCCGCUUCAUAUGCAAGAAAAACUUGUCAAAGUUGCGUGGUAUGAAUUUAUUCCUCCAAAACGGGUCAUUAUUAGACAGGGUCAUUAUGCAGAAAAUUUCUAUUUCGUCAUUUCCGGGUCAGUUGUCGUCAGCAUCUUAUCGAACAACCCUGAUACGGGUGAAUCAAGCAUGAGAACGGUUGCUGUGCUGCGACGAGGGAGCAGCUUCGGUGAGAUCGCCAUCCUCCACCACGGCAGACGGACGGCGACGGUGUCGAGCCAGGGCCCCGUUCAUCUCCUCGCCAUCACCCGUGAAGACUUCUUCGAUAUCUUCAUGAGAGGGCAGGCGCCAGGCCAGGAACCCGAGCAUGUCAAGUUUCUAAGACAAAUCAACUUCAUCAAGUACUGGCCGAUGGAGAUUCUCAAACAGCAUCCUGAAAUGUGUCUCUUCCACUUCUAUAAACGUGGACAAGUGAUAGUGAAAGACAGUGCCAAGUCAGAAUGGAUUUACGUCAUAAAAUCGGGUACGUGCCAAGUUUUGAUGCCGCUGAAGGCUGUCAAGCCAAGCCUUCAUCCAGGGAAAGAGGCGUUAGCUGAUGAUAGGGCCUCACGUCUAGAAUCAACAACGAUGACAGAUAAUGGAGUGGAUUCUCGUCUACGGAGCAAGACCUUGUCCCUCCCCGAUAUCAAGCCGCUUAAGGUCUCCUCGCCGAAGAGGGCGAUGUUGGGCCAACACAGCCGAUCGAUCACGCUUCAACACAUGGAUAUCCGAAGCCUCUCGGACACACCCACCUUCCUCACUCGAACCAAAACCCUCUCAGAGAGCGAUGAGGAUGAUAUGGACAAUCUACCAAGUCACAUGGUCUCUCACAUGACCAACCAUGUGACCAAUCACAUGACUGCUACCUUGCCAAUCAUCGACAUGAGAAAAGGUGCCACGCCCUCCCGCCAGUCGUUUUCUCGAAGUACGUUCCGGGAUUUCUCGUCGGGGAAAGCAAAACGCUCGAACAGCAAUAGGGAAAAGAAAAGGAGAUCGGUAUCUCCUCCAAACAUCAAUGUCUCAGCUGAUUCUCUGCGGCGGCGUCGAGCCUCCAUUCCUACAGAUAGAAAGGGAAUCUCCGUCUUCAUCCAAGUCGAGCUACUCCAACCUAAAGAUUGCUUUGGUCUAUCUUCACUCGACUUUGAUUACGGCUUCGACGAUGAACAAUCAUCUGUUAGUCUGGUGAGUCGAGGCGCUGAAUGCAUCAUGAUCAAGAAAGAUUUCUUUGCGAAGCACGCCACCAAUGCAGUCAAGCGGAACGUCCGAUCCUUGGUUUACCCGUACCCUACAGCAGAGAAGCUGCAACAGAACCUCCAGAGUCACAGCAACUGGUCAAUGUACAAAGCAGAAACAAUGACUGGGAUACUGAGUGACCAUUCGAAAGUGAAAGAUUUGAAGACAUGACGAAUAGCCAAGAAAAUUGCUGGAAACGAAGUCUGGAAGUAACGUCCUGAAUGAUGGAUAAGGGAAGGACGCAACGCUUGCGAAUGGGUCCGAUUCUAUUAUUGAAACCUCCAAAGUUACACCAACUGGUCGAGGUAGACAGCAGAAACAAUGACAGGGAUACUGAACGAUCAGUCGAAAGUAAAAAAUUUGAAGACGAACGGCCAAGAAAAGAACUUUUUUGUGAAUCGAACAGUGAUUCCGAAGUUAAAGAUAAACUCCAGUUCUGGUAAAAAAAAUUAAUUCUCACAGA